AUGCUCUUCCACAAGAAUGAAUGCGGAGGACUCCUCCCCGCACCAGCGGCAACGGUUUGGAUCUACCAGGUCGCGGAAGGGCUGCAUUACAUGUCGGUGAGCGAGAAACCUUCUGUCUACCUGCUCUUCUGGCGCAAGCCGGCUUGUCUUCGAUGUACAAGUACGAACCGGAAAUGUGAUGGCUAUAUGCCCAUGCCUUAUUCGAUACGCAUCGCGAAGCAGUUGGCGCAAGUAACUGCGUUUGUCAGUCCGGCUGAGUCCCGAGCCCUCGAGUUCUUCUUUCGCAAGUCUGCAGCGCAUCUAGCUGGUUACUUCACUGCUUCGUUCUGGACCCGCACGGUUUUACAGCUCAGCCUGACCGAACCUACGAUCCGCCAAGCUAUUGCUGCGAUUGGGUUUCUGUAUGAAGCAGAGGGGAUGUCUACGACUCCGGCAAUGGCACACCGUUGGCAAUCUUCCAAGUCCGACUUGGCACUACAUCUUUACAACCGGGCCAUUCGCACUACCAUUGAUAAGGUUUCAUCAGGCAUAGACGCGGUGCCUCUAGUCAUAGCAGCCAGCAUUUUGUUCGCGUCCCUCGAGUUUCUCCGAGGAAAUGCUACUGGGGUUACAUCGCAUAUUACAAGCGGGCUGAAUCUGGUGCGGUCCUGGCGGGCGCAUCGAGAGCGAUCCUGCUGCACCAAGAGUUCUCAGACACAUUGGGUGGAUGCUGAAUUGGCCCCUAUAUUGAACUUUUUUUCUUUGAAUACGUACGAAAUGUCGGCACUCAAACACCUCGUCAGUGCGCCACAAGAAAAAGUACAUGUCAAUCCCGUGGAUGCUCAAGGCAAGCUCUUAUUGAACUGGCGGUUCCGAACAUUCCAUCAGGCACGCAUCGCCCUUCUCGACUUGAUGCUUUACUACAUCGGAGAAUUCCCCAACCGGCAAGAGUUGGCCAGACUGACGAACCUCCCGCACUCACCCGUGCAGCAAUGGACCGAAACUUUUGAGCAUGCCAUCCAUCGCUGGGCGGCAAGCUUUGAAUUGCUAGUGCAAGAGAAGCAGUCGGAAUGCGGACCGGCCAUAAAAAACGAGAUUGAUGCUACUCGCAUGUUAUGGUAUUGUUACCGUCUAGGACUUGAUCGGUAUCGUGUGGCCAAUGAAUCCGGCUGGGAUGACUUCCGCGCUGCCUACGAGGAUAUUGUCUCAAUUGCCGAACGUCUGCUCAGUGACUCAGACCACUACCCGGAUGAUGUCUCCAAAACGAUAAAUCUGGACGUACAGCUGUUGUAUCCGUUGCAGGCCGUCGCCUGGAAAUGCCGCUGGCCGGACCUUCGCCGUCGAGCCCUGGAUCUUCUACAACGGAUUCCGAAGCAAGAACUGAUCUUUUAUACCCCGAACUAUCACGCCGUCUGCACACGGAUCAUGGAGCUUGAGGAGGGUGCAAUAUAUAAAGAAAUGCUUCCCCCAGAUCACGCCCGCAUCUACACUUUUGUUAUCAGCCCAACUCCGGCAACGACGGCUGACCACCCCGUAUACUCCAUCACGUUUACCACCUUCCCACAGGGCCGAAGUAGCGAGCCGCACUUUCACACAGAAUCGCUAUGGCUUCAUCCUUCGCAAGCGGGGGUCACGACAACCGUGCCACCUGUUGAUAUGAUGAAACACCGUGACUGGCCACCGGUCGCCCGAACGGAUGCUCACCUGCAACAUGUUUAG